UAUUAACUUGAUUUGUAGAACCUAAAUGAGACAACACAAAUCUUGUUGAAUUAAGCCUCACAUUGCGCCUUAGCUUACCCUCCCGUUAUUUUUAUUAGGUGACAGGUGACAGGAGCCGAAGUCCAUUUUGCUAUCUAUUUCAAGCAGAUAAUCAGUAGGAAACAGGACUGUGAGACAGAUAUUUACCACUAUAUUAUUAAUUAACGAAGAACUGUCACAAAACGAGCUAAUUCGGUACAAAAGGAGGCAAUGUUAUUUUUUGCCUAAUAAUCUUACAAGCACAGAGCCACUCUGAACUUUGUGGGACCACGAGCAGGUCCUCGCAACACUUCGCGAUAUCAUACGAUAUCUUAAAACCUAGCCGGUAUACCGUGCAGACCACCCGAAAGAGGAGACAUCAUUGUGAGUAUCAAGGGUCACUUUAAACCGCGCUGACUCACAAAAGAAACAACAUGCGGCCAAGAUGGAUCCUAGUUCCACUUCUUUGCACAGAAUGGAGUUUAAUGAUCAUGACGGCGGAAGCAUUAGAGCCGAUCUCAACUAGCCUGGCUGUUGGUAUCGCAGCUGCUGUAACCGGAUUUCUAGCUCGGUAUCCAAAUGUACUGUAUUACUUUCAGGAGUGUUGCAGACCAGAGUGGAUCUCCUACAAUAAAACAGGUCUUGAAGCAGAUCUGCAGAGCAAGCUGUUUGGCCAGCAUGUAGCGUCUCGUGUCAUCCUUAAAGCUGUGACUGGCUUCAUGAACACAGAGAACCCGAAGAAGCCCCUUGUCCUCUCGCUGCAUGGCUGGACCGGCACAGGCAAAAACUUUGUCAGUCAGAUAAUUGCCAAAAACAUUUACCAGCGUGGAAUGAUAAGCGGAUUUGUGCACUUGUUCACCGCCACGGCACACUUCCCACAUGAAGCUGAGAUGGAUUUGUACAAGUCCCAACUGCAGCAGUGGAUAAAGGGCAAUGUGUCUGCCUGCCCACGCUCCAUGUUCAUAUUCGAUGAGAUGGAUAAGAUGAACCCGGGCCUGAUCGACAGCAUCAAACCCUACUUAGAUUAUUACGAAACUCUAAAUGGAGUCUCCUACCGCAAGGCCAUCUUUAUCUUUCUAAGUAAUGCCGGCGGUGAAAACAUUGUGCAGGUGGCGCUGGAUUUUUGGAAAGGAGGAAGGGAUCGAGAAGAGAUUGAGCUGAAACAUUUGGAGAAAGCCCUGUCACUGUCUGUUUUUAACAACAAGAACAGUGGGUUUUGGCACACAAGCCUAAUAGACAAGAACUUGGUGGACUUCUUUGUGCCCUUUCUCCCCCUGGAGUACAAACACGUUGUGCAGUGCGGCCGAGCCGAGAUGAUCAGCAAGGGCCUGAAACCCAACGAAGAGGCUGUGGAGCAAAUGGCACGUGACAUGAACUAUUUCCCUCAAGAUGAGCGUGUCUUUUCCAUGAAGGGCUGCAAGGUUAUCUCCAGCAGGCUGGACUUCUACAUUUAAAAAAGACGGAGAGACUCAAUGCUGUGUGUGCUGUCCCUGAAGAAGUGCAGUGGGUUUGGAAGGAAACACAUCUGCUGUAUCCAAGCAGGAAGUCCACCUGAUCACUACUCUGAUGUCAUUCAUCACAUGUAGAAGAAGGGAGCAGGGUUUUUUUAAUUGAUUGAAUGGUUUAUGAUAUUUCUGUUUUUAACAUGAAUCACUGAUAAAUGAUGCAGGCUUGAGUCCUUGCUUUUUAAGGAGAUUCAGGUCUCAUUAUUAAUCUGGUGGCGGCAUGAAUGUGAUGAAUCUUAAAUGGUCAUUUUUUUUAUGACCGUAUGUUGUGCAUUGUCAUGCACUAGUAAUAAACAAAAUACUUGUAUCAUUUUUAUAUGUACGGUAUAUACAGAAAGUACAACAACUUAAUGUCAAAAUCCUGCAAUACCUGCUAAUAACACCAUUUUGUCAAAAUUGCUGAAAAAUUGUUUCAUAUUUUUGGCAUUGGUGUCCAGCUCAGUUGAUUGAUUUAAAAUAGGUUAAAUUUUUAAUUAGGAUUAAAUGAGAAUCCUGAAAAAAGCAAACCUAGCAGCUAAACCUUGCUUUCCAGACAUCACUACAGGAAGUGUUUUUGCAUUGAUGUUUUAAACACAUUUCACUUUCUAAUCAUGUUUCAUUUCACACAUAAGAUGUCUAAGAUAGAACGUGGUCUGAAAAUGUUUUUGCUUUUUGGCUUACAUGAUGGUUCGAUGAUCCACACUUUUAGACUGAAUGUGUUUGUUUGCAGAUGUCUGAUGCUUAUUCCACACUGAUUACUUCCACUAAACCUGAUAAACUUGAUCUUAUUCUUUA